AGCAGGAGAGUCAAGCGCACUACCGGUGUCUAAUCCACGAGAAAUAUGAUUUAAAUAUUACUUCAAAAACAAUGGAUUUAGCUUUAUUUAUUUUGAUUUUACAAAUUGGAUUCAACAGCGCACUAAACUAUCGACACUCCAAUCGCAUGGCAGUUAUUCCGUCAUCACGGCUAUUUAACAUCGAGCUAAGUCGACGAUCUGCGCCCUAUAAUAGAAACCUACAACGAACGUCCAGAUCUUAUUCAGGUAGUGACAGCGAAGAAACAGAUUUCGAUUAUACAAGUUACGAAGAACCUAUAAGUUUUACAUCUUUCAAGUUAUAUAAAAGGAGAAAAAAUCCUACGCAGGUCACUAAAGCACAUAAUGAAGCAAAGUUUGAACAAUCUGCGAGUAAACUUCACUCAGAUAAUCAUGCUGGACCGCUUGACAAGAAAGGUACGGACUUUAGGCGACCAUAUAUAUUACAUGGAACACAAAAUCGUAGAUUAGGCCCAACUUCUAUACAUGAUAUCAAAGAUCUUGAGGAUGUUGUGCACCGAAGAGCAGCUAACUACCUGAAGUUACUGUUUACAAUCAUCGAGGAACAAAAUAGCAGACGAAACCUAAAUGACGACCGCAAAGUUCCCAUCAAUAGUCCGGCGACUUCUAGUGCAAACUUUCUCGGUUCCCGUUUUGUAGAAACAGCCAAUCGCAGAAGAUCAAAUCACGAAGUUGGGAAUCGCUACAGAACCGAUUCAAGAAAUAAUCAGCCGCUACCUCUAAAGCGCGCUGGAAGUUUCGAUGCAGCUCCUCCCAUGCCGGUUUCCAGAAGUCAAUUAAGAAUUCCUGAUCCACUCAAACCCAGCAAACAUGAGACCGCUCGCAGAAGGGAUGAUGACUAUAAUAAUGAUGUUGAUUAUAAUAACGAAGAAAAUGAUGGUAAUGAAGACGAAGAUGGUAAUAACGACGAUAAUGAUAAUCACGACCACCGCCACAUAGGAGGUGAAUAUAACAACGCAAACAAAGUGUAUGACUACCAUCACGUAGAAGAUGAGUAUAACAACGACGACAAAGAGUAUGACCACCACCACGUAGAAGAUGAUCAUAACAACGACGAAAACGAGUAUAACCACCACCACGUAGAAGAUGAAUAUAACAACGCAAACAAAGUGUAUGACUACCAUCACGUAGAAGAUGAUCAUAACAACGACGACAAAGAGUAUGACCACCACCACGUAGAAGAUGAUCAUAACAACGACGAAAACGAGUAUAACCACCACCACGUAGAAGAUGAAUAUAACAACGCAAACAAAGUGUAUGACUACCAUCACGUAGAAGAUGAUCAUAACAACGACGACAAAGAGUAUGACCACCACCACGUAGAAGAUGAUCAUAACGACGACGAAAACGAGUAUAACCACCACCACGUAGAAGAUGAAUAUAACAACGCAAACAAAGUGUAUGACUACCAUCACGUAGAAGAUGAUCAUAACAACGACGACAAAGAGUAUGACCACCACCACGUAGAAGAUGAUCAUAACAACGACGAAAACGAGUAUAACCACCACCACGUAGAAGAUGAAUAUAACAACGCAAACAAAGUGUAUGACUACCAUCACGUAGAAGAUGAGUAUAACAACGACGACAAAGAGUAUGACCACCACCACGUAGAAGAUGAGUAUAACAACGACGAAAACGAGUAUAACCACCACCACGUAGAAGAUGAUCAUAACAACGACGAAAACGAGUAUGAGCAUCAUCACGUAGAAGAUGAAUAUAACAACGCGCACAAAGUGUAUGAGUACCAUCACGUAGAAGAUGAUCAUAACAACGACGACAAAGAGUAUGACCACCACCACGUAGAAGAUGAAUAUAACAACGCAAACAAAGUGUAUGACUACCAUCACGUAGAAGAUGAUCAUAACAACGACGACAAAGAGUAUGACCAUCACCACGUAGAAGAUGAAUAUAACAACGCAAACAAAGUGUAUGAGUACCAUCACGUAGAAGAUGAUCAUAACAACGACGACAAAGAGUAUGACCACCACCACGUAGAAGAUGAUCAUAACAACGACGAAGAGGACGGUGACAACCACGACGCAGAAGAUGAUGAUAACAACGACGCACAAGAUGAUGACACCAACGAUGAAAAGGACGGUGACUACUACAACGUAGAAGAUGAUGGUAACAACGACGAAAAAGACGAUGACAACCACGACGCACAAGAUGAUGAUAACCACGUAGCAGGAGAUGAUGAUAAUCACGACGUACAAGAUGAUGAUAAUAACGACAAAGAAAAAGAUGAUAAUGACGAUGAAAUUAAAGAUCAUAAUGACAAAGAAUACGAUGAUGACCACGACGCAAAAGAUAACGAUAACCUCGAUACAGAAGGUGAUGAUUAUGAUUUCGAAUUUGAAAGUGAUGAUUCAUGCGAAUCUGAAGACGAACUAACGCCUGAUGACGAUGUUAUUAGGCAUUAUUUUAAAGCUUAUAUUAAACCACUCAUAGACUUUGCUUUAGCGACCUAUGAUGAUGCAAAAAAUAAAGCUAUCGCUUCACCCACCGCUAAAGCCCUCCUAGAUAAACUCAAAGUUUUGCCAAAUAUCGAUCAAGAGGAUAAAAAUGACACGAAAGAGGUAAAAUCUUUAAGACUAUCUGACUUAGUGGACAUCAAAUCGCGGUCGAUAAGCCAUAAUGGAAAGCUCGGUAAAAGCAAAGAAUACAAAAAGAAUACUGGAGAACUUCUAGUUUCGCCGAUUCAUAGAUCAUCUGAUUUGUCAGAGAAAUUAGGUGAUUUAAAAGUCAUACCAAUAAACUUAAGAAUUGAAAUACCAUUCAAUAACAAAAUCAGAGAAGAGCAACAUGAAUCACAUAAAAAAAGUCUAGACCCACAGACAAUUUUAACAAAUUUCGAGCAAACAUUACUUAAAAAUCACACUUCGGAAACUCUUGGACAGCAAAAACCUCAUAAUGAACUUAGAAGUGGAGAGUGCCCUGAACAGUCCAGAACCAAACAUAAGAAUACUGACGACGGAUCGAGUGCAACAGACAGCAGUAGUAACAAUACAGAAGAUGACUCAGAUUCUGACAAAAGUCUUGAAGAUGAUAACGAUCGUGAUCAGGAAAAUAGUAUCGAUAUUCCUAUUAAUAAGGACCACGAUAAUAAGACUGACAUAUUUAAUAAACCUGAACCGCUUAAAACCGCAGAAGAUGUCAAUGAAACGAACUCUAUUCUAAACCUCGAGUUCCCAUUAAAUGACAUACUCAGUUCUAGUGAUGAUAAUAAUACUUCAUCAGAAGUUGAUAUGGAAGAUUUUUUAAGGAAUCAUGAUAGUAGAUAUAAACCUGAAUAUUCUGAUCUAAUGGCACGCAGUCCUAGCGAUGAUAAUAAUAAUACUUCAACAGAAGUUGAUAUGGAAGAAUUUCUAAGGGGUCAUGAUAGUAAACAUAAACCUGAAUAUUCUGAUCUAAUGACACUCAGUCCUAGCGAUGACAAUGAUAAUACUUCAUCAGAAGUUGAUAUGGAACUAACGCCUGAUGACGAUGUUAUCAGGCAUUAUUUUGAAGCUUUAAUUAAACCACUCAUAGAACUUGUUUUAGCGACGUAUGAUGAUGCAAAUAAUAAAGAUAUCGCUUCACCCACCGUUAAGGGCCUACUAGGUAAACUCAAAGUUUUGACAAAUAUCGAUGAAGAGGAUAAAGAUGACACGAACGAGGUAAAAUCUUUAAGACUAUCUGACUUAGUGGACAUCAAAUCGCCGUUGAUAAGCCAUGACGGAAAGCACAGUAAAAGCAAAGAAGACAAAAAGAAUACUGUAAGACUUUUAAUUUCGCCGACAGAAACAUUAGGUGAUUUAAAAGUCAUACCAAUAAACUUAAGAGUUGAAAUACCAUUCAAUAACAAAGUCAGAGAAGAGCAACAUGAAUCACAUAAAAAAAGGCUAAACUUACAGACUUUGUUAACCUCCAUGUUAACAAAUUUCGAUGUCAAUGAAAGGAACUCAAUGUUAAACCUCGAGGUCCCAUGGAAUGACAUACUCAGUUCUAGUGAUGAUAAUAAUAAUACUUCAUCAGAAGUUGAUAUGGAAGAAUUUCUAAGGGGUCAUGAUAGUAAACAGAAACCUGAAUAUUCUGAUCUAAUGACACUCAGUCCUAGCGAUAACAAUAAUAAUACUUCAUCAGAAGUUGAUAUGGAACUAACGCCUGAUGACGAUGUUAUCAGGCAUUAUUUUGAGGCUUUAAUUAAACCACUCAUAGACCUUGUUUUAGCGACGUAUGAUGAUGCAAAUAAUAAAGAUAUCGCUUCACCCACCGUUAAGGCCCUACUGGAUAAACUCAAAGUAUUAACAAAUAUCGAUGAAGAGGAAAAAGAUGACACGAACGAGGAAAAAUCUUUAAGACUAUCUGACUUAGUGGACAUCAAAUCGCCGUUGAUAGGCCAUGGCGGAAAGCACAGUAAAAGCAAAGAAGACAAAAAGAAUACUGUAAGACUUUUAAUAUCGCCGAUUCAUAGAUCAUCUGAUUUGACAGAAACAUUAGGUGAUUUAAAAGUCAUACCAAUAAACUUAAGAGUUGAAAUACCAUUCAAUAACAAAGUCAGAGAAGAGCAACAUGAAUCACAUAACAAAAGACUAGACUCACAGACAAUGUUAACCUCAAUGUUAACAAAUUUCGGUGGCAAUGAAAGGAACUCCAUUCUAAACCUCGAGUUCCCAUGGAAUGAUAUACUCAGUCCUAGUGAUGACAAUAAUAAUACUUUAUCAGAAGUUGAUAUGGAAGAUUUUUUAAGGAAUCAUGAUAGUAAACAUAAACCUGAAUAUCUAAAUCUAGAAUAUCCAUGGGCCAGUGUAUUUACAGAUGAAACAGCUAUUCGCAAAGAUGAAGAUCAAACCUUAGAUCUUGAAUAUCUAUGGAAGAAUGUUAUAAGCACUGAAGAUAAUAAAAGCAGUAAACAGAUAACUGAUAGCCUUCAGCUGGAGGUUCCACAUUUGGAUGACACUGUAUAUAAUCAAUUAAGGGGUCACAAAAAACAUACGGGGAAAGUUUACACAAACAAACGUAAGCAGCAACCUGCUAAAAGCAAAGCAAGUCCUGAUGAAGGAAAAUCUACUGAAAAGAUAUCUUCUCAUUCGUCAGACCCGCUGUACGAACAUCCACUGCUGCGACAACAUAAACAGAAUGAUCAGAGAGCAUUCCAUGACACACGGGACAAUUACUUAAGACAAUUUGGUAGCAAAUUGAAUCUGAGGCAUUAUAGUAACAAUAAUGAAUAUGAUCCAGCCCAAAAUUAUCUAAGGGAUGUACCGAAUGAACCUGAUGUUUCUGAUGAAGACGGUGAAGGUCGCGCCUUUAUAAUGGUGCCACUUGACAGGCGUCCUCUUACGAGACUGAGGACUCAGGAGGACUUGCCUUACAUCUUAAAUGUUUUGGGCCCUCAGCUCAGACGAAGCACUUAUAACGAUACUAUUAUAUUUCCAAGUGAUUAAAGUCAAUUUACCUGGUGAUUGGCCACAAUUUAUAAAUCCAUUAAUUCAGUAAAACGAAAAGUGGCGAAUUCAUCAAUAAAAUGUUUCAAAUUGUUAUGUUAAGUGUAGUUUAUAUUGACUAAACGAAGGUAUGCCUUUUUAAAAAUAUCCACACAAUAGGCUCACAGUGAAAGUUGAUUUAUUUAAUUACCAAAACCUAUAUUCUGUACAUGUAGCUGUAAAUGACUUCCAGUGCCUAUUGCAGAGAGAAUAACUGCUUCCAAUUAUAAUUCUAAGUAGCAGUAUCACAAAUCCUCUAACAAAGGCGGAUGUAACACACUCAAUCCUUCCAAACAUAAAAUGAA